CUUUGCAAAACAAACGUGCAUGCAAAGGGAAGGCGGUUGGGGGGCUUCUUUGAAGCCAUGUGGCCUACCUUGCAGGGCAGUCUGCGGAUGGUAACCAGGCCCAAGACCUCCAGGUUGCUUUGCAGGUGGAAAAGCCAACGUGCCGAGAGGGACACCAUCUUCGCCUUGUCGUCCGGCGCUGGAAAAUGCGGACUGGCCGUGAUUCGAACCAGUGGCCCGGACAGCCACUCCGCCUUGGUGAGACUGGCGGGGAAAGCACCACUUGCCAGGACUGCUGCUUUGCGCAGGAUCCGCCGACCCGACUCCGGAGAAACACUCGACCGCGGCCUCGUGCUGUGGUUCCCCGGGCCGGGCAGCUUCACAGGGGAGGACGUGGCCGAAUACCACGUCCACGGCGGUCCGGCAGUGGUCAGCGGAGUCUUGAAUGCCUUGGGUGGGCUUCCUCGCCUGCGCCUUGCAGAGCCUGGCGAGUUCACCAAGCGGGCCUUUCAGAACGGGAAGCUGGACCUGACGGCGGCCGAGGGCUUAGGGGACCUGAUCCAUGCCGAGACCGAAGGGCAGCGGCGGCAGGCCUUGCGCCAGAUGGAGGGGGAGCUGGGGGCACUCUACCAGCACUGGAGCCAGACCCUCACCAAGGCCCUGGCCCACCUGGAGGCCUACAUUGACUUCAGCGAAGACGACAACAUUGAGGGAGGGGUCCUCGUCCAAGUGGAAGAAGCUGUGGCCUCGUUGGCCCAAGAACUGGAGGCCCACUUGCAAGAUGGCCGGCGCGGCGAGCGACUUCGGGAUGGGAUCCGUGUGGUGAUCGCCGGCCCCACCAACGCGGGGAAGAGCAGCCUCCUCAACCAGCUGUGUCAGAAGCCAGCAGCCAUCGUGUCGCCCGUGGCGGGAACCACUCGGGAUGUGGUGGAGGCCGCCUUGAACCUCAAUGGGAUUCCCAUUGUCCUGAGCGACACGGCUGGCCUGCGGGAGACUGGCGAUGCGGUGGAGAAGGAAGGAGUGGAUCGGGCCCGCCAGAGGGUCCUCACCGCCGACCUGGUUCUGGCCGUCCUGGAUGCAGCCGAAGUGUCCCAACGGCCGGAGCAAUUGACCGCUCUCCUGCUGGACAUCUUGCCGGCCAAUGACCCGACCCACUCCCGGCCGUGGCUCCUGGUCCUGAACAAGGCGGACCUCCUUGCGAGGGAGGCCAAGGCGGUGCUGGAGGCAGUCUGCGCGGGGAUGAGCCCUUUACCCGCUUGCUUGCUAUCCUGCAAAACCGGAGACGGGAUCGGGCCCUUCCUGCAAACGCUGGGAGAACGCCUGUCCGACUUGUGCGGAGACCCCCAGGUGGGGUCGCCCAGCCCCACACGGGCCCGCCACCGUCUCGGCUUGACACAAUGCCUGGACGCUUUGGGCCGCUUCGGACAUUACCGUUCGGUGGACCUGGCCCUGGCAGCGGAGGAGCUCCGGCAGGCCAGACGGCAACUGGGGCGACUGACGGGGCAAGUGGGCUCCGAGGAGAUCCUGACCCUCAUCUUCCAGGACUUUUGCAUCGGAAAGUGAUCACAAGUUAGGAUUAUAGACUUGGAAGGGGACCCUAGAGGUCAUUUAGUCCAACC